AUGGCCGCCGCUAUCAAAGGACAGCCGUCUAAACUGGCCUACCUCACAGUCGAUACCUUCCGAUCGCACGCAUGUCGCACAUCACAAUUCCGAGCUCGCAUGCAAACAUACGCCACAGCGUCUGCAUCCCCCAAGAUUACCCUCUACACUUUUGGGACUCCCAACGGCCAGAAGGCCAGCAUCGGUCUCGAAGAACUUGGACUCAAAUACAAAGUCGUAGAAGUCGACAUCACAGAAAAUGUUCAAAAGGAAGAAUGGUUCUUGAAGAUCAACCCCAAUGGCAGGAUCCCAGCGAUCGUCGACCACAGCCGCGGUGACUUCCCCGUGUUUGAGACCGGGGCCAUCCUGAUGUACUUGGCAGAACACCACGAUCCCAAGAAUAUCCUUCUUUCCGAAGACGCAAACAAGCGCAGUGAGGCCAUCCAGUGGCUCAACUGGCAGAUGGGCGGGCUUGGCCCUAUGCAGGGUCAAGCGAAUCACUUCUUUCGUUACGCGCCGGAAAACAUUCCAUACGCAAUCAAGCGCUACCAAGAUGAGACCAAGCGCUUGUAUAGCGUCAUGGAGCGUCAGCUGAGCGACGGCAGGGAGUAUCUCAUUGGAGAGUACUCGCUGGCGGAUGUUGCGUGCUUUGGUUGGGGUUUAAGCCUCGAGGAGCUUCCAUUAGUGGACCAGUGGCUCCACCGGGCCGCUAAGCGUCCCGCGGUGCUUCGCGGAAUGAAUGUGCCACGUAAGAACAAUCUCAUCGAGAAUGAUUUUAAGGUUUGA